GGCCCCGAAGGACCGACCGCGCAGCGUGAGACAAAAUGCUCCUCCGGAGGACCCGCCGGGAUGCCGCCUCCGCUGCCGCGCCGCGCUCUGCAUUUGGCUGCGCUGGUGGGGCUCCUCCUUCUCCUCCUCCUCCUCUGCCCCCGAGCCCGGCUGUUUCAAAGGGAAAUAAACUUAGGCUGAUGCUUCAGAGAAGAGAAGCCCGUUCUGAUGAAGGAAGAGAUUCUGUUAAAGAAGAUAAGGCCAAGGAAUUCUUAAACAAUCUGAAACUUCAGAAACGCCAGCCUUGGGACAGAAGUCAGCCUGAUGUACAGCAGUGGUACCAGCACUUCCUCUAUUUGGGUUUUGAUGAAGCUAAAUUUGAAGAUUAUGUCUCCUGCUGGUCAAACGUAGGCUGUGGUGGCCAUGAAUACGAUGGUGGCUAUUAUCAUCACCAUUAUGAUGAAGAUGCUCCUAUUGGCCAACGAAAUCCAGGCACCUUCAGACAUGGAGCAAAUGUCAAUUAUGAUGAUGAUUAUUAAGAUUAUUCUCUGUCUUAACUAUUAUUAUUAAUAACCGUUUCUUCUCUGUAUUUCUAUAUUAAUUCUUUCUUCUCUGUGCAAGGACACUAGAAUUUUUUUAAAAAUUGAUUUUAAUCUGGUUCUUAAUUUUAGCUGAUGGGAUUGGGGGAAGAAACCAAGAAAAAUGGGUCUUGCAUAUAUUCCUUAACAUAUCUGCUUUAAAAUUAAAGCUUUUUAAAUACAAAAUUUUAAUUAUGCAUUCUUGUGAAAGACUUUCAUUAUGAAGACUAACUUUCUUUACUGAGACCAGUACAGCCAUUUUAUAUUAAUGUACAGCUUACAGCGAAUAAAAACAUAAAAAUGAACAAGUGUCAUACAAUAACUUCCUAUUACCCACCACAGGGCCAUGAUAUCACCAUACCAAUUCUGCAUUUUCCUCGAUCCACUCCCAUCUUAGCCCAAUCAUUGGGGAAGAGUCAGGGUUCAUGGCCUGAAGGUUUAAGGCUAAAAGGAUAAUGGGUUUCCAGAUCCCAGGGGGUCAAAAAUGGAAAGCCACUGUCUUGCUAGGGUUGACUUGAAGUCACUCCUUCCCCAUCCAGAACCUCCAGGCAUUGGGUCAGCAUCUGAACCUGUCCAGUCAUGGGUGGAGGUAUAUAAUUAUCCUUUGAAUAUUGAUGAAAUUCUACUGCUAACUGACGUUACCCAUGGGCUUUAUUCGAUAUUAAAUAGAAGUGAUGAGAAACCAAGUCUUGAGAUAAGUGUAGACUUUUCUUCCCCAAUCCUUUUACUAACGACAGGAAGGAAAAACACUGUAAAACAGUGACUCCCACUUUCAACCUUCAAAUCUAAUCCAGAAGGUUGAUGAUACGAAAGGUUGCCAAGUGAUCCAGAAGGGCCAGGGUGGAUGCAACAUCCCCAUCUCAAGCUUUUCCCAACAAAUGUGACCAAUGCCAUGUCAGUACUAUAAAAAACUGACUGAAAAAGAUAAUACACUUCAUCCAACACUCUCCAAUGCUAAACACUCACCAUUUUCUCAACAAUCUUCUCCCAAAUACUGCCACCUCCUGAGAAGCCUUAAUCAACUAGGGAAGGAGAAGUGCUCAGAUACAUGACAAGGUCAUAGAAACAAGGACCCUGUCUACUUUUGCAAUAUCAACUGGCUCAAACUCUCCCAACUAACAAAGUGAGUCAUUUCCAAAGGACCUGCCCAACCAUGUUUACUUCAGUAAAGCCAAGUACCUUUGUUUGACAGAGGCUCUACAGGGGCUCUCCUGACUAUUCCUUACCAAGAAGGGGACCAGUCACCCAGAAUAAAGCUAUUGGUUGUCUGUAUAUAGAUACAAUAAGGGCAAAGAAGUGAGCUCAUUUUGUCUUAAUCAAGACUCCUUACUGUGCCUAUUGGCUUGUAUUCCUCCAGCAGUGCUCUUGUGCCAUUACAUCUCCUGAAGACCCUUGACAAACUAUAAGGAUCCAGAGGAGCCACAAUCACAGAGGCCGCACAAUCACACAGUGAUUCAAUCUUCUUAAAUGUUCAUUUCAGUUUGAAACGAAAGCCCUGGCUGAACCAUGCACUAAUAUAAUCUUUGUCCUCAAGGAAAAAAUAUAGUCCGGUGGCCUUUUUUGGUGGGGGGGGGGAGCACCUUUGAGACAACCAUGAUCUGGAUGACGGAGAAUCUCCAUAGUUAUACCUUCAGGAAUAACCUCAAGUUCCCUUUGAAACCCAUCAAUUUCCCAAGGCCACCCAAUUCAAUAGAUGGCUCUUCCCUGCAGUGGGGGCAGCUCAUAGAGAACUACCAGGGUCAAGAAGGAAUGGUUGUCCAUGACAAAGAACUGAUGAUAACGUUCCCUAUUCUCAACCUCAGAUCAUGUUGCCACUACCCCAAGACCUAAUGAUCUAAUGGAUGACCUUCUCUGUGAACUAUCACUUUUGCUCCUUUAAAAACACUGAAUUGUUUUCUCGUCACCAAAAGAGUUUCCUCCCUUGCUUUAUAGUAAGCAUUGUUGUAAAGACUUGGAGAUAUCACAAACAAUUCUCUCUCCACACUGUUGUGAUGGUGUGAACAGUGUAAACUGUCACUAUGGUACUCCUUCAAGACAGCAGAAGUUGGCCGGCCAUCUACACUCCCAUGCAUUUCAAUUUUUUUGCAGUAUUAAAACAUGAAAAACUUGUAAUAGGAUUAAGACAUUCCAAAUCAUUAAAGAAAACAGGAUGC